AACAACUGUUUCACCUUUUAUUUAUAUCUUCAUCCUUUGGUCAAGAGUAAAAGUCAAUUUGCAUCAACAAUCAAUGAUUAUCAUUUCGUCCAACCUCAUCGGUAUUUUAAUUUACAUUUUAAUCAACAUCUAAAUCAUCAUAGAUUCUGGUUAAAUUGAAGUCAAAGUAAGCUUUGGGUAAAUCUGGUAAGAGUCUAACAGAUGUUUUAGCUUUAUUUUUCUGGUUCAUCUUUAGACGUGAUUUGGGUUAUUUCUGGUUUAACCAGCUUUAUUUGUCUCUGUUUUUCAAGUAAUAGACAACAAAUGGACGCCAAUCAACUGAUUACAAUUACAAUGAUAAAUAAUGAAGUUUGAAGAUUGCUGGAUCUGCACUUUAACGGUAAAAAGGUGCAACCAGAAAAUACAAUUUACCCUUGAUUUACAAUUUGUAUGCAACCAUUUAAGUGUUUGGGAUUUAUAAUGACAAUUUAUGGUAAGUUAAUCUUACACUUUGACCUGAUCAUCUUUUGUCAUCCUAGUUAAUUCCUUUAUCUUGCAUUAAUUGUAUUACUGUAUCAAAUAAUUCAAUCCUGGUUGAUAAGCUUGUCACCCGUUUCGAUGGGUAUAACAACACGCUUUUUGUGAUUAAUAAUUUGUCGACUAUAACAACUGUUCAACAACAACAACAAUUGCUGAUUUUAAUAUUUUUAAUUGUCGUUUGAACUUAAUUUUUAAACGAUACACAAAACUGUUUAGUUAAUAAUUGGAUCAAUGAAUUGGUAUUAUCAACCUUUUUUGGUUACCUUAAUCGCUUCUUAUUGUAUUACUUGAAUCAUUUUUGCUACUUUAAUUUCAAUAUAUCGUAGUUGGUGGUGUUAUUAUAUUUUGUCUGAUCAGAAGACUGUGUUUGUUGGUUUCUUUGUAUUGUUGUAUCACAAUUUAAUAAUCAUACUAAUUCAAUUAAUAGGGCGAGUCAUGGGUUCAUGUUUAAAAUCAAAUGAAUGACAUAUAUUGUAUUCAACCUGAGAAAGGAGUUGCUCUUUGACAAUGGUUUUCACACAAAAUGUCUUUAAACAUUCAAUCUUUGUCUCAAUGAUUAUGUUGAUUAUGAUUUAAUUUUUUUUCGCGUCUGGUUACAAUUACAAUUUCAAUUUACACUUUAGAUUGUGGUUGAUGCUCAUACAGAUUAUGGUUAUGAUGAACAUCUCGCUAUUUAACAAUUUUACUUCUUAUAUUAGUUAAUUUAUUUACCCAUUUUUUUCAACCAGAAUUUGUCUUCGGUAUUUUUUUUCGGAUAAUUUGUCAAUUACUAUUGCUAAUGAUUUAUAAUGAAAACAAUUUGGAGUAUUUUGGUGAUUAUAACUACUUGUGCCAUAGGAUAUGCAACUGGAGGUGAAAAAGGUGGCGGUGGCGGUGAUAUCAUUAUUAUCGGAGGCGGAAUGGGAGGCGGCGGAUCAGGCUGGGGAGGUGGAGGCGGUGGAUCUGGUUGGGGCGGUGGAGGAGGAGGCAUGCCAAUGAUGGUGUAUGACGGUGGGAGUGAUGAUGAUGGAGAUAAAAAAGGAAGCAAAGGAAAAGGUAAAGGAGGCAAAGGAAAAGGCGGUGGAGGACCAACCAUAAUCAUCAUUGGUGGUGGUGGUGGAGGUAAAGGCGGUGAUAGUGGCAGAGGCUGGGGAGGCGGCGGUGGUGGUGGUGGAGGAUGGGGCAUGAGUGGCGGUGGUGGAGGAGGCUGGGGAAUGAGUGGUGGCGGUGGCGGUGGUGGAGGUUGGGGUGGUGGUGGUGGUGGCAAUAGUGGCGGAGGCUGUGGAUGUUCUGGAGGAGGUGGAGGUGGCAAUGGCUGGGGAAUGAGUGGUGGAGGUAGUGGUUGUGGUGGUGGAUGUGGAGGUUCAUCGAUGGGCCAAGUACAAUAUAUACCAAUACCGGUUCCAAUGACUAGUAAAAUGAUGAGUUCAACUGCAACUGGUUGGCCAAGUACGUCGGGAACGUCUAGUUGGCGAGCAGCUGCUAGUAUGAUGCGUCCACAGAUUUGGGGUUAA